AUGGCGAAGACGUACGACUAUCUCUUCAAGCUGCUGCUCAUCGGCGACUCGGGCGUGGGGAAGACGUGCGCGCUCUUCCGCUUCUCCGAGGACGCCUUCAACGCCACCUUCAUCUCCACCAUCGGUAUUGAUUUUAAAAUUAGGACUAUAGAGCUAGAUGGCAAGAGAAUUAAACUACAGAUAUGGGACACUGCCGGGCAGGAGCGAUUUCGAACCAUCACAACCGCCUACUACAGGGGAGCAAUGGGCAUUAUGUUAGUCUAUGACAUCACCAAUGAAAAAUCUUUUGAAAAUAUUCGGAACUGGGUCAGGAAUAUCGAAGAGCACGCCUCUCCAGAUGUUGAAAAAAUGAUCCUGGGGAACAAGUGUGAUGCAAAUGACAAAAGACAAGUUUCUAGAGAGCAAGGGGAGAAGCUUGCUGCGAGUUUUGGAAUUAAAUUUAUGGAGACCAGUGCAAAAGCAAACAUAAACAUAGAGAACGCAUUUUUCACUCUUGCAAGGGAUAUCAAAGCAAAAAUGGACAAGAAGUUGGAAGGCAAUAGCCCACAAGGCAGCAGCCAGGGAGUCAAAAUCACACCAGACCAGCAAAAGAAAAGCAGCUUUUUCCGAUGUGUUCUUCUGUGAGGGACACGGCCUUAAUCUGAGCAUCUGCUCAACUGAACUGGACUGUGCCUGUUCUGAGUGAGAUUUCCUCUGUCUGUGGACUUAGCAUUUCCAACAUACCUUGUCACUUUGUGACCACCUGAGUAAGAAAUUGUUUAUUUUAGUAAUUGUCUGACUCUUCAAUUUUGGAGAUGAAACAAGUUUAUUUUUGUCAGAUUGCCACUGGGCAUGUGUAUUGUCUAGCAGAGGGAGUACAGAUCAAAUGUGACCUGUGAUAGCGCACCUUUGCUGACAGGCUUCAAUCUUUUUGUUCAUAUCUGUAAUGUAUCCAAAUUAGAAAGAUUAAGUUAUGAUCAAAAUAAGAAACUGAAAUGCCAAUAUUAAUGAAGUACAGGUAUGUGUACAUGAUACAUGUGCAUAUCCAGAGAUGCAUAUAGAACGAUGGCAUCAAAACAUCGAAUAAAUGCACUUAGGUAAGCAGUGCAGGCUUAUACCUUUUCAGAAGGUAGAAGGAAGCUUUCUGCAUCUCCACCUCUUUGCUACUACAGAGAACAUCCCUUCUCUGCCUGUUACUUGGUCAGUUGCGUUAUUCUAGACAAUCCACAAGUACAAUUGAAGUUUAAAAAAAAAAAAAAAAAACCUCCUCAAAGGAAUCUCUAUUUUUUUAAAAAACCAAAGUGUGCUGUAAAUAUAAUGGAUCCUUACCAUCAGGAAUUACUUGAUCCGCGUUAGACUUGACCGUGCUUAAUGAAGUACUCCAGACGUUUAGACGCGUUUAACAGGAGAUGGUAGCUACAAGGAGUCCCAUGCAAAUGAUCUGUCGUCUGUUCUUAGAGAAACAGACCGUGAUUCAGGUAGGGACGCUUACUCAAAAUUUGUAACAUUACAAUGGGCGGCUUUUUCUUCUCCAGUUGAGAAUGACUGGAUCUGUCAUGAUGUAGUAGCUGGUUUUAGAUUGUGACAAGAAAAUGUAUUGCACUGCUUCCAGUUGUGUGUUCUCAUGCACACUUGCUCACAUAUGCAAAUAAAUGUUGCACAUAUGAACACUUUCUGAAAACAAACUUUUUUAAACUGAGAUUUGCCUUGCUGCUGUGUAUUGAUCACUUCAGAUUUCAAGCAGCAACAAACCUGUUAAUGGUGUGCAUCAAUGCAAAUGAUGUUUAGUCCUCAGUGGAAAUAUUCUAUGUAUUUAUUCCUAUAAACACAGUCUAUUACAUUCCGAUGUAUAAAACCUAACAGCCAAGUAAAGCUCCUAGGUAGCUAAUUGCUCUCAGUUCAGAGGCUGUAAGCCUGACUCUUAAUUAGACUGACAAAAGGAGCCAGUAAGAGCCAUCUACUUCAAAGUCUGCUGUCAAGUGAUUGGAAUUAUGGUGUAUUUAAUUCAAAUGAACAUAUCAGCUGUGUCCUGCAACUCACUGGAAUUGUUAACAUGCUUUGUUUACAUUGACAACUGCACUUAAGGGUAAAAUUAAAGCUGAUUUUAAAGUUAAUGAACAUACUCACCAGUUUUGUUUUCUUCAAGUUUGUGGUAUUAUAUUCUGGCCUCAAAGCAGCACUCAUAAGUGUUACUGUAGUUAAACAUCUAUCAGAUUCAUAAUUAAACUUUAUAAAUCUGCAGCAUGCAAUUGGGCUCAACAGGAAUAUUGCCUGUUUUUCUAAAAUGGAAAAAGGAAAUUUCACUGUAUAAGUUACUGGUUUAUAAAAAUGCAUUUUGUAUGCUACCAACCUUUUUUUAUUUUUUAGUAGCUAGCAGAUUACAGUGACCUCUGUUCAUGAUUAAAAUCAUACGUAAAGCUUUCCUCUAACCAGAGCCUUAUGAUGGGUUUUUUCGUUUAGUUGUGGCUUUUUAGCAUGAGGACUUGGUGAACGUGCACCAUAGUGGAUUACACGCAGAUGUAUUGGUAGGAUAAAAUCAUGUUAAGCUACUGAAGAGCCUUCUAGUCGGUAUUUGCUUCAAAGUGUAGUUAAUACAGAGCUAUAGACUGGACAAGCAAUGCUUCUGUCUCGAGAUAAGGAUGCUUUUGAAGAGAGGCUUUGUGUAUGCUUCAAGAAAUUAUUGAGGCAGAAUUGAGGAGGUGAUUAAGGCAUGGUCUGAAUGUUGUUUUCCUACACAAAACUGAUCUGUGUAAUAAUUGGUUUCUGGCUCAGUAAAUGUGGAUUGUCUCGCAUCCAUCCUUCUGCUUUAACAUAGUCUGAUGUUGCAGCCAGACUUAUUUUUCAAAGUGACUGGAAAAAUAAGUGGUUAGUCUAACUUGACAUCACGGGCUGACCACCAUGAUGCUGGGUAGUGCCUGCUGACAGUAUCUGAAUCGAUAACUCAUCUUGAGAUGAGAAAGCAAACCAUAUUAAUUUACAAGUGGAUAAAACUUGAAGGAUGGAAUUGUGUUUGUCACUCCUCAUUUCUAAGUCUUAAGUUACUCUUUUGCAUUCAAAGCUAACUCUUUGCUGUGAAUACCUUUUGUUUAAACUUAUGCUGGUUGUUGCACAUGUUUAUGUACCUAAUUUAUAGCAUGAUUUCCUUUUACGAAAUGAUUGGUUUUACUCAAUGAACAACUACAUUAUUGCCCGAUCUCAGGAAGUUUCAUACAGUUACUGUGACCACAGUCAUCACUGUACUUCUAGGGUAUACAGACUCUACACAGAAAUUAAAUCAGUGUAAGCAAUAUGAAACCUAAAAUGCAAUUGUAAGACAGGAAAAGGUUAAAGACACUGCAGUUGCACAUAUGCACUUGGCUACGUGUCGCUAAAUAUGGACAUCAAAUCUUGGAGAACUACAAUAUGUAGUUGAUGUUUCCAUCACAUAAUUAAAUUACUGUGUUUUUUAAGUAUGAAUGUUAUGGAAACACAAUGAUCAAAAGAGGUACUGCGUAAAUACAUACAGUAAUGUAUUUAUAGCUAAGCUUUCUUUAAGGAGGAAAAAAUCUGAAAUUGGAUACAAAAUUUGUAAAACUGAGGAAUUUAAGUAGAUCUGAAAAACUAACUGUGUGCUUACUACACAUUCUCAGUGUCUAAAUGCCACUAAAAUUUCAGGUAAUCAGUUAACACUUGGUUUGUAGAGAAACAAACCCAUUUUUGAGCAUGUUCUCAAAUUCCCUUUAAUGAGUAUCAUAGAAUUCUGUGGUUGACCUUAUUUUUGAGGCUGGUUGCAAUAUUUCAGAUAGUCUUCACCCUUUCAGGUAUAGACCUGUCAGUAGCUCGUCUGUCAAUAACUGGUGGAACUGCUGUUUUAACACUUUGCCAUUUUAACACUCACGUUGUCUAGGUCCUAUGCUGAUAGGCACAUCUAAUGUUCCUUGACAUCAGAGCCUUAUGCCAGCAUCAGACUUCCAGCCUCAGAUUUAUAAAUCCUAUGGAUUAUUGUAAGUCUCUUUACUGCUGCUGAAAAUUAUUUGGUCUCUCCUUUCAUGUGAGAUGCUGAUCAUCUCACUGACAAUUGUUAAGGGUUUUAUUGUUGUGGUGGCGGUGUCUUUGGCCGAUGAUCAUGCUCAAAAGCUACCGUGAUUUCUUGUUCUCUUGGACUUGAAAUGGCUGAUGUUUAUGCUGGAGAGGAAAUGGACAAACAGCAGCGUAGAGGAUGGUCUCCAUUUGUACUAAAAUUCACAGCAGUUAGGAAAGAAUGAUGACUGACUUCUGUCUUCAUUUAUAGAUUAAAUAAAGAUCUGUUCAAUUGAACAUUAAUGGUAACAUGCAGCCUGAUAAUUUCAGGCUGCCUUAUUCUUUGACCCAUCUCUUUCACUGAUCAUUGGAGUUUUUGUUUCUGUAGUUAAUACAAGUUUAGCGGGCUGGUCUCUCUAGCCUUACUGCAGGAAUCAUAUGCUCUACAUUGAGUGUGAGUUGGGACUUAUGACUUUGUUUUGAAGGGAACUUAAUGCAUCCCAAUAUUUUUAAAAAUAACUGUAAAUUGUGUUUUUUAGAAUGACCACUUUUGGCUGCCACCCUUCGCACAUUGCAACUGCUUUCUUAAACACUUCUCAUUGAUUUUCAUGUUUGUAUUAAAAACAAAACUGUUGUUUAUUACAGUAUGUAUGUUUUUACUCUGUUGUACAGGACCCUGAGCACUGCAUAAAUAAACUUCUUACGAAAAGAGAAUUUUACAAACUUA